CGAGGGCACACGCCGCCUUUGCGAUCGACUCGCGCGUCUCCUCUCCUCCUUCCAGGGCUCAGGCGAGGGGGGUACGGUGGUGGUGGGCUCGCCGGAGAGAUGGCCGAGCGCAAGGUGAUCAACAAGCACUACCCGGACGACUUCGACCCGUCCAAGAUCCCGCGGCGGCGGCAGCACAAGAAGCAGAUGGUGGUGCGGAUGAUGCUGCCGAUGACCGUGCGCUGCGCCGCCUGCGGCGAGUACAUCGGGAGGGGGACCAAGUUCAACUCCCGCAAGGAGGACGUCGCCGGCGAGAGGUACCUCGGCGCCGUCCAGGUGUUCCGCUUCUACAUCCGCUGCUCCCGCUGCUCCGCCGAGAUCGUGUUCCGGACCGACCCCGCGAGCGCCGGCUACGCGCUCGAGUCCGGCGCCACCCGCCCCUCCUACGAGCCGUGGCCCGCGGCGGCGGCGGAGGCGGGGCGGGAGGAACGCGGCGGCGGCGACGCCAUGACGGCGCUCGAGGGCCGGUGCCGCGACGCCAGGCGCGAGAUGGGCGUGGACGCCGCGCUGGAGGAGAUGCGGUCGCUCAAGUCGAGGCGCGCCGGGGUCACGCCGGAGCAGCUGCUGGAGUCGCUGCGCCGUCGCGGGGAGGCGCUGGCCGAGCUGGAGGAGGACGACGAGAAGCUCAUCAGCUCCAUCGCGUUCGGCAACGCGAAAGAGCGCAGCCUCAGACGGAUCGACGACGGCGACGACGAAGACGACGAGGAGGAUUUCUUCGAUUCGUGCCUGGCCAGAGCAGCCAUGGCCACCACCAGCCACCAAGCAAAGAAGAGGCCGCCGCCACCGCCGCGAGAUGCGGUUAAAUCGUUGGUCGUUUCGAAGAAGAGAAGGCCAGAGAGCAUGGAUCAAGCUGCAUGGCCGCCGUCGUCGGGGAAGACCACCGCGAGCAACGGUGCUCUUCAGGUGCUUUGCUGUAACUAUGACGACGAGGAGUAGUAGGAGAGCUAAGCUAAUGUGUGGUGAUGGAAUUUGACAAUGAUUCUUUCCCUUAUGGCUUGUUUAGUUGGCAAAAAAAAAAAUUGUCCCUACAUAUCACAUCGAAUAU